AUGUUUCAUGGUGAUAUUCCUAAAAUCGUUAUUACAUCCGCUUCUCUAUUCGAAGGCGAAGGACAAGGGCAAAAUAAUGACAUCAAUAAUGAUCAUCAUUACGAAGGAUCAUCAGAAAGAAAACCAUCAAAUUUCACUUCUCAUCAUCCAAAAGAAAAUAAUAAGAAAUCACAUAAAAGUAAGAGACAUAAACGACAUAAACGACCGAGAAAUAUACCAAAGAUCAUAAUCACAAGUGAAUCCGAUAAUGAAAAAGAUUUCCAUUCCCAUAAAUCGUGCACCAUAAAUGAUGAAUCUCAAGUCAAUGAUGAUUCAAGAAAUACCGAAAUUAACACUAACGGGACUUCCGGCUUUGAUUAUGAAUCCAUAACAACCGCUUUGAAAACAAACAAUCAAAGUCAAAUUAAACAGUCUGAUACGUUUGACAGUGAAUCGUCCGAAAUAACACUUAACAAGCAACAACACGAAGAGACAGAAUAUUUAUUUGAGAAUGAGAAUGAAAUCUUAAUAAACAAGAAUCUACCUCCAAAUAAUUCACCAAAUAAAGAAUCUAAAAUGCAUAAAAUUAUCCGAUUCAUAAAAAAAAAACCACCUUGCGCCAAUGAUAAAAGGCGAAUCAAUUUACUUGGAUGUCGGGAUGAAAAGAAUUAUCAAACCGCAAUUCAAGUGUUAAUUCCCUUUACAUUUAUGAUUGUGGUAAUAUCGAUAUCAUUUCUUUAUUAUCGAGUUAAAGUAAAAGGACAAUCAGUUUUUUUCCCCGCAACAAGAGAAAGAGGAAUGAUUCGUCCACGCCCACAAGACUCAUUUCACAUCGCCGUAGGGGUGUUUAAUUUUAGUCAAAUGAUAGUGUCAACAUGUUUACUUACGAAUUCAUUUCCGAAUAUAAUGACGGCAGAAAUAGUCGUAUACGUGCCAAAAUUACUCGGGGUUGCAUGUGCGGCAUUAUAUCCUAUAAGUAUCAUAUAUUCCACUCCAAUAAUUAAACCAACAACGUAUUAUUUAAGGCUUCAAUGGAAUCCAAGUAAAGUUUUUAUUGAUGGACUUGCCAUGUAUUUAAUGCUGGGACCUUUAUUGACGACGAUGCCCCUUUCAGCCAUCACAGGAUAUUUUGCGGAUAAGAAUGAACAAGUGUUAGCCAAUAAAGUAUUUGUGGCUCACACAUUCGUGUGGAGUUUAUGGACAAUUCAAUAUGACAUCACAUUAUUAUACGUUUAUUAUAAACUAAUUUGUAUGUUAAAGGAAUACAUUAGCAUAUUAAAUAAAAGGCAAAGUAUAGGUUCUGACACUGAUGAGAAGAUAAGAAAAUUAAAUAGCGCAGCUUACAAUUUAUCCUGGAUAGUAUUUGCCGUAUUUUCAUUGUUUUUUAUCACUAGUAUAGAAGGAAUUCUUGUUGGUUUCAAUUUCAAACAACGAUUAAUGGAUAAAACGGAUUUUAGUAGCAAAUUAAGAAGAAUUGUUUAUUUUCUUUCUUGGAAUUUCACAGCACCAGUUUUCACUUUUAUAGGUCAAAUAGGAUUCCUUUAUGAUACAUUAGCGAAUAAAAAAACAUCGCAACAUAAUAGUAAUAUCGCUCCAACGAAUAAUAUUAAUUUGUUAUUACCACCUAUUGAGCAAAAACCUUCUCCGGUAAUUCAACCAAAUAUUGAAACCGUGAGUUUACGCAGUUCUGUAUUUAUUAAUGUUCAAUCAAAGUCUGCUCAACAAAGUAAAGCCACAAGUUCAACCGCAUUCUAUAGUUCACACGCCUCAUUCAAAAGUAAUCCAUCUAUGACUACCAAUAACAGUAAAAAUAUAAUACGUAACAACUCAAUAUCAUUGGAUGGAAAUGCAACCAUAUCUUCAACGAUGGAUCAAAGAUAUCAAAUCACUUACUUAGAAGAAGAAAGUGAAAAUAUGGUUGAUGAUGAAAAAACUUCACCUGAUGCGAGAAAUUCUUGGUUACGUAAGAAACCAGUAAGAAUGACAACAAAUACUAGCGUUAGUGACAAAAGUAUAUUUUUACAAGAUUAG